CCACCCUCGCGUCGACCCUACAGCCGACGACAACUACGUUCUCCGCUGGGCUGUCCGCAAGCACCAUGUGGGUGCAAUCACCCUGCUCCUUGCUGAUCCACAGAUAGAUCCGACGACCAUCGCCGCCGAGCUUGUCGACGAUGCGCUGCGGCGCGGCGGCGGGAAGACGCUUGAAGUUCUCCUCGCCGACAGCCGCAUCAACCGUGCCAUCGACCGCGCAGCGACGCUGCUGAGCGCUGCGGUGAGCGGCGACGCAACGACCGUGGCGAACCUUUUAAGCGAUGAUAGUGUAGGCACUGGUGUCGACUUUGAUGCUUUACUCCGCACUGCCAUCGAGAACGGCCAUGCGCCCGUUGUCGAGCUGCUACUCGCCGACGGCCGAUCCGACGUCACCGCUGUCGUCGACCGCCUUCCCCGCUUGCGCUGGCGAUCAAGUGUGGGCACGCCGACAUUGCUUCGAUCCUCCUUGCUGACACGCGCGUUGACCCCAACGCUGAAAACGGCUCUGCGCUCGGGUACGCUGUCUUUUGUGAUCGCUUGGAGCUGGUGCAGAUGCUGCUCGCUGACCCGCGGGUUGAUCCUACAAUCGGCAACAACCGGGCGGCGGACAUUGCGCGGCGCAAACGCCGAACCGCAAUCAUGGAGGUUCUGAUAGAGGCAGGCUGUUCGGCGUGAGCACGGCUACGAGAACGGCCGCUGCGAAGUCCGGGCGUGGGUCCGGGUGUUGUAGUAAAAGUAAUGCCCGCUUGGCGUGCGGCC